UACACGGUGCGAGUGCCCGAGGACGUGCCCGUGGGCUCCACGCUGCUCAGCGUCACCGCCACCGAUCCCGACGAAGGAACCAACGGCGAAGUGAUGUACUCGUUUAGAAAACUGACAAACGUAGUAACGAAAUUCUUCCACUUAGAACCCAACAUGGGAGCGAUCAACCUACUGAAAAACCUGGACUUCGAGGAAGGAAACUCAUACGAACUAGAGGUUCAGGCACGAGACGGCGGAGGCCUUUUCGACACGGCGAGGGUGUCGAUCUCGGUGACGGACGUGAACGACAACGCGCCCGAGAUUUCGGUGCGGUCGGCGCUGAGCGAGAUCUCGGAGGACGCGGCGCCGGGGACGGUGGUGGCCCUGCUGCACGUGCAGGACCGCGACUCGGGCGCCAACGGGGAGGUGCGGUGCAGCCUGGGCGAGAGCGUGCCGUUCCGUCUGGAGCGGGCGCUGGACGACUACUACAGCGUGGUGACGGCGCGGGAGCUGGACCGCGAGCGGGCGUCGGAGUACAACGUGACGGUGCGGGCGGCGGACGGCGGGUCGCCGGCGCUGCGGAGCGGCGCGGUGCUGGCGCUGCGGGUGCUGGACGUGAACGACAACGCGCCGGUGUUCGCGGAGGCGCGCUACAGCGCCCGGCUGCCCGAGAACAACGCCGAGGGCGCGCUGGUGCUGACGGUGCGCGCGUGGGACGCGGACUGGGGGCAGAACGCGCGCGUGCGCUACCGGCUGCGGGAGGGGCGGCUGCGGGGCGCGCCGCUGUCGUCGUACGUGUCGGUGCAGGCGGAGACGGGCGCGCUGUACGCGCUGCGCUCCUUCGACUACGAGGAGGUGCGCGAGGUGGAGCUGUGGGUGCGGGCGGAGGACGGCGGCGCGCCGCCGCUGAGCAGCAACGUGUCGGUGCGGCUGCUGAUCGCGGACGAGAACGACAACGCGCCGCAGGUGCUGUACCCGCCGGCGGCGGCGCAGGGUCCGGGUCCGGGGUCGCGCUCG